CUUUCCUCUCUCUCUCUCUCUCUCUCUCUCUCUCUCUCUCUCUCUCUCUAUUUAUCUGUGUAGAGUCUCAGCCUCCCCUCAUAACUGCAAACGACAGGGAAAUAGUGGUUACACCUGCGAGUGAAUAAAGAUCUUCAUAAAGACUGACCAUGCCCAAAAUGAAGACGCUGAACGAAUUGGCCCAUCUGAAGGAGUCCAGAUUUGGUCGGCCCGAACCAAGACAUGGUCUCAAACUACUGUACUGGUUCGCCAACGAUUGUCUCUCUUUGAAUCACUAUGGUAUGUUCUCAGAGUGCGAUCCAACGAGUAGAGACUUUGGUUUCCACCCUUUCGAGAACAGGUAUGACAGUAAUGGUGUUAAACUCCUGCCUGAUGUGGACAGCUCCUACUACGUGGUGGGCAAUCUGAACUCUGCAGGAGCGGAUGAGCUGCCUGAUUACGUCCGUGAAGACUACACUGGUCUCAUGGAUGACAGUAACAUGGACCGCAUCAUCGUUAGCCUUGAUGAUGACAUGUUUGACAGAGUUUAUGUGACUGAGCAUGACAGCCGGAUACACUACAACCCCAACGCUACCUACCGCAUCAGCAAGGGCCUCCUACAGAUUAUCAGCGACCUGGAGUUGGAGGACUUUCUCAGAAAAACUGGAUAUUGGGGACCCUCAGACUACAUUUUUCAAGGUGUUUUAAUAAGCUAUGACCCUCAACCUGUCAACACAAAUGUUGCCUCUGUGACUCCAAAAGUCAAUCCUCCAAAGAACCAGGACUGUCGUAUCGAGAUCGACUCAGCAUUUGGGUCAGAGUGUUAUUUUAAUGAUUGGACCACCACCGGAUAUUCAUCUAGGAGAAGGAAGUGCUGUGAGUGCACUAUACUCUAAACUCAGUCAAGACCGUGUAUGCUACUCUUCCAAAAGUGCUAGAAUGUUUUUGGAUUUACCUACCAAUCAUUCCUGAAGUAACUCUAAUUUUUAAGUUUUUAUGUAGAUUUAAAAGGGUGUCCUAAUAGUAAGGCUGCAGGAUAUUGACAAAUUGUGAGAAUUUCAGUGUUUUUGCAACAUACUGCAAUUGCAGUGUGCUUUGUAAUAUGUUUAAAACUGAUAAUUCAACAAUGUGUCUAAGCCUGCCAGAGAGAUGCCUAUACCCCCCUUAGACGAUGAGAUAACACAUAUUUUCAUACAAGUUCUUUUUUUAGCUUCUCAUCUUUUUUGUAAACUCAUUUUUACGUAGUUUUAGUAAUAAAACAUAUAAAAUUUAAAUUAAUCUAUGACUCUUGACACAGCUUGAUUGCAACAUAAUUUAAGAGCACUUGUAAGAGCAUUUGUAGCUAUUGUAUAUUGUAUAUACAAUAUACAAUAUAUUGUAUAAAUGGAGCAUUUGUAUAUUGUCAAUGCUAAAGAGCUAUAUUGUUUGGUUACGAUGCUCUCAGCACAAAGUAAUAAACCAGGAUCUUCAUUCUGAUUACUCCAUCUGAGCAUGUUCAAUUAAGGUUGGAGCUAAAGUCUGGAGGAAGAAAACUGGUGAUGUAGUUAUAUGAAGUAGUUGCUGUAAAUUUGUAGUAAUUCUGCCAUCUCAUCUUCAUGCCUCUGCUGUAUAUAGAUGUCCAUGCUCUUUUUAAAUGUUUUAAUGUGUUACAAAAACUCUUCACAUUAUCGCUCUCAUUUUUGAACUUCUACUGAAACAAGAGACACAUUAUUAAAUAUUUUAGCAUUUUA